AUGGUCGUAGCAGAUCCAACCCGUGAAUCAGCAGCUGCUCUCCGCUAUGUUCUAUCUCAUGUAGUAUUCGAGAAUGACACAUUGUAUCUUCUUCACGUUGAGAAUCCAACCUUUUGGAAGAAUAGAAUUCCAGGUUUUAUGAACCAAUCAUCACCAUCUUCAACAACCCCUUCCUGUAAUGAAGGCAUAAAUGGCCAUUGGGGUGGUGGUGGUUGCAUCGGAGGAAAUGUUGACUUUCUUGAUCAAAUGAAGGAUGCAUGUGAAAGCACGCACCCAAAGAUGAAGGUGAAGGUGAUAAAGGUUGAAAUGGGUGCUAUGGAAAAAGCUAACGUGAUUUUAUCACAGACGAAUGUGCAUGGAAUUGAUCUUCUUGUUGUAGGAAAGCGUCAGAGCCUAUCUACCGCAAUACUAUGGCAAGGGAGGAAUGGGACAAUAAGAGGAGAAUUAGCAGAGUAUUUGGUAGAGAACUGCAAAUGCACCUGCGUUGCAGUGCAGAAAAAGGGUCUAACAGGAGGCUACCUUCUCCAUACCAAAACCCAUAGAAAUUAUUGGCUCUUAGCAUAAAGGGCCAAGAACUUUGUGAUUUGAUCACUUGUCUCUUAUUAGUUCUCCCUCCAUUUCAUAAACCAAAGUACAUAGAAUCUAACUUUUGAGGACACACUCGGCUCUUCAAAAUCCAAAACUGACACGAAUUGUUUAAGCUUCACCAUAUAUAUACAUGAAAACAUCAAUUCGAAAGAAGGAAAUGUUAUGUUUUACUUGUAAUUUCAAAAGUUCAACAAACAUACAAGGAGAAAGAACAUUGGCCAAAUGGUUAAGAACUAUAAGAGCAAAUCUCACACCAUAAUCAUUUUGAAUCCAAGGCAUGAUAUAAAAUUGAAAGCUAGCCAGGGGUUAGAGAAACAAAAGGAAGAAAUACAAAAGGAAAACAAAACAGAAACAGAACAUGAAAACUGGAACAAAAGAAAACUACAACUUUCUAUAGCAUUCCAAAACCGGGUCAGAACACCAAUCGUACCAACUUAAAUUUUGACCUCUCCUCUUCCGAGCAUUUAUCCAUAGAUGAGACAGAGCUUGUACCUCAAAUGCCAACACCGUGUGUGAUUUUGCGUUAGGACCAUGAGCCCUUAGCAUUCCUAUAUCUCCAGAUUACCCACAUGAAUACUAGCAUUAUAGCUUCAUGAAUCACCAGCAGCCUUUGAUGACCACCAAUCCUUAAUUUACAGUCUAGCAAGUCUCGACAUGAGCUAUGAGAGCAAUCCAAUAGUCGCCACCAUUUACACACUUGUAGCCAUACUUCACUUGAGACCGGGCAACCCACAAAAAUAUGAUCCACAGAUUCUGGAGCCGCGUUACACAUCUUACACAGGUUUGUAGAGCUGAUACCAAAUUUGAAAAGAUUGUCCAUGGAUGGAAGUUUGCCCUUACCAGCUCUCCAAGCAAGAAUGUUUAUCUUCCCUGGUACGAGUGGGUUCCAGGUCCAGUUUCCAUCACUAUAGGGAAGGAUAAUAUUGUCAAUAUGGGAUCUCAACGAUGAAACAGUGAACAACCCAGAAGGAUCAAGUGACCAGGCCCAUUUUUGUGAGCCAUUCGCGUUUGACACAUGUUGGAAAUGGUUCAAAAAAGACACCUGAUCUUUAUCUAGUGAUUUUGGGAUAUUGACAAUUGUACCCCAGCAACCACUUCGCCUUUUUGCUGCCGUCGGCCUAGACAAGCCACCAUCAGGACCGUGUAUGGACUUAAUCACUACCGCCCAAUUGCUGUCAGGAAAAUUCUUCAAUCUCCACCACCAUUUCCCCAACAAUGCUAUAUUUUGCGCCUUUAAACUACCGAUUCCGAGCCCGCCUCUAUCUUUUGCUGCAAGAAUUUUGUCCCAAGCUAUCCAUGCCAUUUUCCUUGUUUCCAUGGAGCCACCCCAAAAGAACUUCAUACGGAUCUGUUCAAGUGUUUUUAUAACCUUCAUGGGCGCCUUGUAAAUCGAAAAAUAGAAGGAUCCUAGACUGCUCAACACUGCUUUGCAUAGAUUCAGACGCCCCCCAAAGGAUAAAGUGGAAGCUUUCCAUCUUGUGAACCUCAUCUGAAAUCUUUCAAUGAUUUGUCUCUAAUGUGUUGUUCUUGCCAUAGAGACGCCUACAGGGAGGCCUAAAUAAGUAAAAGGUAGAGAGCCAAUUGGACAACUGAAACUACGAGCCAACGUCUCCAGCUCACAAUUAUGGGUACCAAACCCGUACAGUUUACAUUUGGACAAAUUUAUCUUUAAACCUGAUGACAACUCGAAACAUCUUAAAAUUCUGAUCAGGUUCUUUAAGUUCUCCGGUAACCACAUACCCAUGAAUACUACAUCGUCCGCAUACUGCAAGUGAGAAAUGACUGGACCGUGGCGGGGUAAUUGUAUGCCUUCGAAAAUGCCAUUCUCUUUUGCCGAUUCCAUUGCAAUAUGGAGGCCUUCUGCUGCAAUGAUAAAUAGAAAAGGGGAUAAGGGAUCGCCCUGCCUUACCCCUCGCUCCAUGCAAAAUUCUGAAGUUGCUGAGCCAUUGAGAAGCACCGACGCCCUAACUGACGAUAAACAUCCUUGAAUCCAUGUUCGCUGUUUAGACCCAAAGUGCAUUAAUUGCAGAAUUGAGUCUAGAUACCCCCAACUCAGACUAUCAAAGGCCUUCUCGAAAUCCACUUUAAAAGUGAAAGCUUUCCUUUUAUUUUUCUUUAUCCAGCUAAUUAUUUCGUUUAGGAUGAGGGGCCCAUCAAGAAUGUGUCGAUUCUUAAUGAAAGCUGUCUGAGUCUCACUAACUACCAGAUGUACCACCUUUUUUAAUCUCUCAGCUAGAACCUUUGAUAUUGUUUUGUACAAGCAUCCAAUUAGACUUAUGGGGCGAAAGUCAUUAAUUGUUAUUGGAUCUUGAACUUUUGGGAUAAGGGUGAUAAAGGAUGAAUUGCAGCCUUUAUCAAUAUGCCCGGUAGCUUCAAAAUGCUUCACUGCUAGAUAGAAAUCACCACCAAUCACCUCCCAAUGUUGUUUUAGAAAGGAAAACGAAAAUCCAUCAGGCCCUGUCCGAACCACAUGCCCAUAUGGCCGCUUUAAUUUCGUCCAACGAGAAAGGGUCCUCUAAAUGCUUAGCCACCUGUGGGGGAAGCUUCUUAAACUUUGGGGUGAUAAACUUAGGUCUUGAUUUAUUUGGCUCAGCAAAUCUUCCAGCAAAAUGUUUAAAUACCACCUCUUUGAUUGCAGCAGGGUCGCUUAUCCAGAAUCCAUUAUCCUUAAUACCAUUUAUCCUCUGCAUUCUUUGAUGCUUAUUUAUCAGACCAUGAAAAAAAGCACUAUUUUCAUCCCCCUCUAUAGCCCAUUUGGUUCGAGAUUUUUGUUUUAAAUCUUCAAUGCGCCUGGCUUCGUUUUCCAUGAUUUUUUGGUAGGCAUUUUGUCGAUCUCUAAGAAGUUCUUCGCUGAUCUGGCCCGUCUCAGCCAAGAGAUCUAUACCAUUGAUCUUGCUCGUAAGUUCAACCUGCUCUCUUCGAGAUUUUUCUAUAGUUUCUUUCCUCCAUGAUUUGAUAUGUUCUUUUAGAUUCCUUAGCUUACCUGCAACAAGGGAUAGAGGAGAUAUAUGCAGGCGAGAGUUGGAAGACCUGCUAAAUGACCACCCGUUUCUUAGAACCCCCUCAAAACAUGGGUCUUUCAACCAAGAAUUAAAAAACCUGAAUGGGGAUGGACCGAAAUCAAGCUGAUUGGAGGAUAAGAGUAUUGCACAGUGAUCAGAGUGCACUCUUGGCAAUGCUGUGACACUAAGGUUUGGCCAUGAGUCGAAAACAUUGGAUGAGACAAGGUAUCUGUCGAGUUUGCUAUGUUUAUCACCAGCUUUGCUCAUGUAAGUAAAUCUUCUACCCCCCAUUUUAACUUCCAGCAGUCCACUAGAGUGUAUAAAAUUGUUGAAAUAAAUGCACUAUUAUGGCAGAAUACAGAACCUAGUCUUUCUUCAGGCAGGCGAACAACAUUGAAAUCACCGAAAACGAACCAACAGGAUUCACUAUCUGAGUUUAUGAGGUCGGACAACUUACUCCACAGAAUCCUUUUCUUUGCUGGUUCUUGUGGAGCAUAAACAUUGACAAAGCAAACUUUUUUCCUAAGUCUAAGCCACAUACCCCUGAUGACAAGAAAACCUUCCCCUUUAAUAGAAUCGGUGACAUUGAAUAAGGAAGGGUCCCAUAUGGAAGCAAUUCCACCAGAUAGCCCUAUAGGAUCAAUGACCUCACAUUGGAAACUUGGUGAACCCCAAAUUUGUCUAUCAAGAUUCCCUUUAACCUCUAUGGAUUUAGUUUCCUGCAGCCCAACAAAGAAUGAACGAUUUUGGAUCCGAGAGUCUCUAAGCCAGCACCUUUUUAUUUCGCACCCAAUUCCACGAAUAUUAUUGGAGAAGAUAUUCAUUGAUCUACAAUUGUCACGCCUCGGGUUUUAAUCAUCUUCUUUAGUUGUUCCGCUUGAUUUCCAACCUGGAAUCCAACUGAUUCUCCUACCGCAAUUGUUUUGGCAACUUCCAAGGAUGUAACAUUCGAAUCCACAGGCUGUGUUUGCGAGAAAUUUUGCUGCAAGGCACAAGUACCCAUGGACGGAAGCUCCUGCGAUUGAGAUGCGCCAUUGGGGAUAUAUAUAGAGGGGAUUUCGAUAUGAGGGAG